UCCAAAUGCAAAGGUUCCAAUUUCAGGUCGAUAAUUAUAGAAUGGCCCAAAAUGAUCACAGGUUUGAGUAACAGUUCAAAGAGCGGCGAAGGCGAUGAAGCGAUCGAAGUGGAUCAUGCACCACUCAUUCACAGAGCACGAAAUGUUGUCAAGUGUCGAACCUCACAUCCCACAAUGCGCGUCAGAGUGUGUGCAGUUGCAAAACCCGAAGAAGACGAUGAUUUUCCGUCGGACGUUGUGGAAGCAUUCUUUAGAGCUACGCUCGUUAAACUCUCCAGUGAUUCACCUGAACGGCAAAUAGCUGGUAAACUUAUUUUGACGCAACGUGAGGGAACACCAGCCACGAAGAGUCAAGAUCAAAACGGAGCGAUCGUGAACGCCGACGGAAAACUAAUCGCUAGUCAAGCAGCGCCCGAAACACAUUCGUAUAUUCUGUUGAAACAAUAUGGCGAGAUCGGAAAAACGACACCGUUUAAAUAUGAGAAUGGUGCACUGUGUGCAACAUUCCCUGAAAUGGGCGUUACAUUGAAUUCAAUGGUGGAUCGUAGGCAGUUGGCCACUCGAUAUGCGAUUCAAGUUGAAGCAGCCAUAAACAUCGGUAACAAACUCAUUGUCAAGCAUGUACGUGAAUUCAUUAUUUUUGAUUGUGAUAACGUUGUCUUUUUUUUGCAGCCCGAAAUGGCGUAUCUUCAAGCGGAAUCAUCAUCAAAACCAGAACCACCUGUUCCAUGGCGUAUCAUACAGCAAGUACUCAGAAAUUUUGUCAAAGCACAGUACCCCCCAGCGCGAUCACUAGAUAUGGAUGAACUGCUACAUUUGCAGUGCAUGCUAUUUCUACCAAGGGUACUGAAAUGUCGCAAUGACGAAGCCGAGUUAGAAUUACUCGAAAUGCAGUUCUUCAAAAAUAUUCGACCGGAUAACGAAUUUAGUGGAGCUGCAAAGAUUUUGAAUCGUUUGAGACGUGAACUUGUCGUUGACGAGUUGAUGGUCGACAAAAGAGAGUUCCUGCAGGACAAAUGUAUAAGCCUAACAGACCAAACUACCGAAUUGAAGCACAGCCUUUGGCAGUGGAUCUAUCGAGCCACUGAAAUGAUCAUGGACGUCGGGCAUAAGUUGUGUCCUUCAUCAGCAAUUUUCGAGAAGAAAUGUAAACUGGGUAAUAAAGCGAAGAAACCAUCAACAACCGCAGAUGACUCGCAAACAAUGUUGAGCCUCUUCAAUUCGAGGAUAAUCACAUUUUGUGGUAUCAAGAGUGUGCUGAAGGUUUUCAAAACGCUGCACGCGAACGACGUCAAGAAUGAGUAUCGAACCAAAGCGAUUAUGAUACGAUUUUGUGAUGAGAAUGCUGCACACCUUUCGUUGGCGUUCAACAAUCCUGACGAGUUCGUUCCACCCGGUGGUCGGCCGCUAAUGGGUUCGUUAUCAUCGGAUCAGAUCAAGGAUUUCAAGCAAGGACUGCCCGAAGUGCUCAUGGAUGAAACGUUCCCAAAACAGUACGAUCGUAUUGUACGAUUUGAAUUCGAUCGCAGUGAUUCUUUCGAAAAGCAUGUCGCCUGCAUGCCAAAGAAAAAGAGCAUAUUUCAAACUUAUAAUACACUUCGUCUACAAAACGAUUGCACUCGGGUGAACGAUUCUCAAUGCGUUCGUAUAAAUGCGUUGACUGGUGAGCGAUUAGAGCCAAUCACUCAAAACGCUGAGUUCAGCAGCAUUCCGAAUCCUUUUCUUCCACAAAUGGCGCAUCUUCAACAUGGCCAAAUUGCACAAGGUCUGUCUUUUCCGCCAGCCUUUCCGCCUUCGACUUUUAUCGUUCCUGCAUGGCAAUUGGCCGCUCUGCAGCAUCCGAUAUUCCUGAAUCUCUUCAACAAUACACCAACAAAUUCCGAGGGUACAGAUGCAGAAACUGAAGUGAUUACCACCCAACAAGCAGCAGCCCAAGUAGCUGAUGAGAGCGCGAAACGAAGCUCGGACGAGCAAGAUUUUCGCAUGAACGCUAGCAGUUUAGUUGAUAUGCCGAUUCGACCUCAGAUCGUCGUAUCCAACUGCAGAGGUGACACCGCACCAGUAACGGUCAUCACUGAGCCUGCAGCAGCUGCUGCUUCAGUGUCAACGAUCACUCUAAACAACAAUACGGCCGACGACCAAACACCCAGUGGAGUGAAACGUGAAGGUUCUACGGAACAACCACUUGAUUUGUCACCAAAACGGCAAAAGGUAUCUUCUGAUGCCUAG